CUGCUGCUGUUGCUGGUGGUGGUGGUGGUAGUGGUACUGCUGUUGCAGUGUAUAGUAACUGUGAGAAUAGCUAUCUGGUGCUAUAGUGUUGUAGGUUGCAUUGAUGACAAGCUAGGUACAGGCAAUCUUGAUGGUCUCCAAAUGAAAGGAGUCCCAACAGGCAUAAUGAUCAAGACCGCAGCAGACUGAGACAUGGAUAGAGCACUGAUUGCAGCUGUGAGAAACAUUGAUGCUUAUACAGUAAAACAACUUCUGGAUUCAGGAGCAUCACCGGAUGCCUGUGCUGAUGACGGAUGGCCUGUUUUGGUGAUAGCUUGUGAUAAGGGCUCCGAGCUUAUUGUUAAGAGUUUGUUAGAGAAGGGAUCAGAUGUGUACAACAAUACUCAUAGUGGUGUUACUGCAUUAAUGGCUGCAGCAUCUCGUGGUUACGAUUCAAUAAUUGAUAUGUUAUUGUCUGCUAAUGCCGAUGUUAAUCAGAAGACUGGAGUAAGUGUUGAAUUGAUUGUUGCUGUCUCCAACGUCAAGAAAUCGAGUGUUGUUCAAUGUGUCAAAUUAUCACGAACUUUAAGGUUACUGACUAGUCAAGGUCUAGCUCCAAGUACAAAUGGCACUGUCAGUAAACUUGAAAAAAACGUUCUCACAGAAAAUCAUGCAGAAAGGCUCUUAGGAGAAGUGGAGGAGGUCCUUCAUGGUGGAGAUAUGAGCAUCUUCAAUCACUCUUAG